GGUGCUGCGCAGCCGCAUUGAAAACCUUACCGACUUCGGUUCGCCAGCGGAACCUUUGAAUCGAGUUUUCGGGCCACCAAGGGAGGAACCCCGGAGGCGACUCGUCAGGACUAUUUGGAAAGAGGAUAAGGAAGAGGAGGAGCGAGGAUCCAUGGCGGCGCUGGUUGCUGUUUGCAGUGAUCUAGGGAGGAAAAAGUUGGCGUACUUCAUAAAGCCAGCUCUCUGCCUCAGAGAUCCUAAGACUCACGCGGUGCUGUGGAGAAGCUGUUCACAAUACACGCAGGUAGCCAGCAAUGAGGACCUGCCCAUUCCAAUGGAAAAUCCUUAUAAGGAGCCUCUUAAAAAAUGUAUUUUGUGUGGAAAACGUGUAGAUUAUAAGAAUGUACAGCUUUUGUCCCAGUUUAUAUCUCCAUUUACUGGAUGCAUUUAUGGAAGGCACAUAACAGGUCUUUGUGGGAAGAAACAGAAAGAAAUCACAAAAGCAAUUAAGAGAGCUCAAAUAAUGGGGUUUAUGCCAGUUACAUACAAGGAUCCUGCAUAUCUCAAAGACCCUAAAGUUUGUAACAUCAAGUAUCGGGAGUAAAUUACAUGUCUUAUCAUCAGUAAAUGUAUUUUACAAUAAAUGGUUGUAUGGUUUUAAUAUUGA